UUGAACCAAUCUCAAGUACUCGCUGGCCGACUGGCCGUGGAAUUCCUUCUAAUCGCCCAUCUUUCUCUCUCUCUAUAUUUAAAAGUUAAAAACUCCCCAAGUUCUCAUUGGAUUAGACUUUAGAGGAUUUAUGUUUGCACUGCACACCUGAGACCAGCUGAGUCGUCUUCUACUUCUAGGACCACCACUUCCGCCACAAUUGGUCCCUCCCAUCGCCACCGUCUCCAUAUGCACUUUUAAAAGAUUUCUCAAGUUCGUCUCUCUAUACAACAAAAGAGAAUGAAGAUCUUCAGUUGGAUGCAAAGUAAGAUUCAUGGGAGACCGGGUAACAAGAAACCAAGUGGGGUCUUACCUAAUCAUCUUAAUUUGCGAGAACCUCUUAAAGAAGAAUUCAGUGACUGGCCUCAUGGGCUGUUGGCAAUUGGGACAUUUGGAAAUAAUGACUUAAAAGGGGAGUCAGAGAGGUGUGAUCCUCUGGAAAAUCCAUCUUCAUCACAAGAUCUACUAGAUUUUACAGCUGAAGAAGUUGGGAAAUUAGAGAAAGAGCUAACCAAGCUAUUAUCGCAUAAACCAGACUCCAUUGGGACUGAAUCAACAAAUCUAGGAGAAACCAUUCAUCUCCCACUUGAUAAGUUUCUAAACUGUCCAUCCAGUUUAGACGUGGAUCGAACGAAUUGCCAUAAGUUCUGUGAAGAUUCGGAGGACAAGAAUGAUAAUAAUCUGCUAGGUAAUACCAGUAUCGUCUUGAGCAAGGGCAAAGACGUUUGUGUGGACGGCAAGAAAGCAAUCGGAAAAAGAUCGAUUACUUUUCUUCUUAAGAAGAUCUUCGUCUGCAGAAGUGGUUUUCCACCAGCUCCAGCUCCAAGUUUAUGGGAUCAGCUUCCGGAGUCAAGGAUGGAGAAGCUUUUGAGAGCCAUUCUUCACAAAAAGAUAUAUCCCCAAAGUUCCACUUCAUCAUCAUUAAAGAAGUACCUAGACAACAGACAAAUGCUGAAGGCAAUCAACAAAGAUGAUGAACUAGAGGAAACAUCAGAUGAUGGAUGUAAAUGGGACAAGACAGAUUCAGAAUACAUUGUUCUAGAGAUAUAAGAUUUCCUCCAUUUCAGCUAGCAAUGGAAAGAUAUUAUGAUCGAUUUCAUCAUUAUCUUAUUGACUGAGGAGGGGCUAUCCUUGGAUCGAAGAAUUCAAAUAGCUGGAACCAAGCCAUCAGGGUCAGCCAUGAAUAAAGCCAAUGAAGGUGAUUAUAUAUUAAGAGACAUGAUAAAAGCAAUGUGAGGUGUGAUCGUUGGGAUCAAAGGAUUUGUGCAGUCGUGUUGAUAUUAUAUAUAUUAAGACUUUUUUUUUGGAUCUUUUAGACAUGUUUUCCGUUCCUUUUUUUGACGGUUGGACGUGUAAUGUGUAAUAAUUAAUUCAGAUAUAAUCUCAUGGGCUGCAAUUAAUGGAUUUGAUAU